AUGGAAGAGCGGUUGAAUGGACAUUUGUCACCAGAUUUGCUGCAGAAGGCAGAAAUCGAUCUUGCGAGAUUGGCUCAGCAAGAUGCAUUCAACGCUGAAAUAGCACUUCUGAAAAAAGGAAAGCAGUUAACAAAAAACUCACCGUUAAGAAGACUAAACCCUUUCCUUGAUGAGAAUGAACUAUUGCGUGUUGGAGGACGACUAAAACUGUCUCAACUGCCUUAUCAGGCCAAGCAUCCAGUAUUGCUGCCAAAAAAGCAUCCGCUUGCACUACGAAUAGGAGAGCAUUUACAUGUGAAUCUAAUACAUGGUGGAGGAAGAUUGCUCCUAUCACACUUACGUGAAAAAUAUUGGCCACUGGAUGGAAGACACUUGGUAAAAGGAAUAGUGCGACAUUGUUUCCGUUGCGCACGGUUGCAACCAACACUGGCACAACAACAAAUCGGGCAGCUGCCCACAUCCCGAACAACUCCUAGUCGACCGUUUUCGGUGACUGGUGUCGAUUACGCAGGACCACUGUACCUGAAGCCCGUGCAUAAGAGAGCAGGAUCACUGAAGGCGUACUUGUGCGUAUUUGUGUGUUUUGCAACGAAGGCCGUUCAUCUGGAGCUUGUAAGCGAUCUGACUACGAACGGAUUCAUGACUGCACUUCAUCGAUUUACGUCUCGGCGGGGUUUGCCUGCCCACCUGCAUUACGACAACGGGAAGAACUUUGAGGGUGCCAAGAACGAGCUGGUAGAGCGGUUUGAAAUGUUCCGGGAUGAGCAGAAGCAGAGCCUCAUAGCCGCAAACUGUGCCGAGAGCGGAAUAACUUGGCAUCUUACACCACCCAAGGCGCCACAUUUUGGUGGGCUAUGGGAGGCGGCGGUGAAAACGGCAAAACGGCAUCUGUAUCGACAACUAGGCAACACCAAGCUAAGCUUCGAGGGUUAUUGCACGGUGCUACACCAAAUCGAAGCAGUCAUGAACUCUCGUCCGCUGCUGCCGAUGUCGGAAGAUCCCAACGAUCUAGCAGCGUUAACCCCGGCACAUUUCCUCAUUGGAAUCCGUACCGGAGCCGAAUUACACGAACUUAAAGCCAUACGGACUGAGCGAGCUGUAAAAACAACAAGUGAUAGUACAGCAAUUCUGGAAGCAUUGGAGGAUGGAAUACCUGCAGGAGUUACAAAAGGACACGAGAAUCGCAGCACGUAA